CAGGCCCACAACUCAGUCAACAGGAAACAACUGCACCUCAUCAGAAAUGCUUCUCGAACCCCCUCCCAACCCCAACCCGGGGUUCGACUCAGUCUUGGACCUGAACCUCCUGGAAGACUGGGACGAUGAAGAAGGUAUCUGGUAUAAGAAACUACUGAUAUCACUGGUCAACGGCGAGACGUCACCCACGCAGGCCGCAACCGAAAUCGACACCUACAUCACAAGAGAGCCCAACGAGCGAUACGAACUCCACCGAGCGUAUACCUACCAUCGCGAUCAGAUCCCGCCGCACACAGUACUGGAUGAAGAUCCUCUGACGGUGAGAAUGGAGGGCAGCACCGAGGAAGAAGUCACGAUCGGAGCUCCAGCUCCAGGAGCCCACUUCGAAAUGGUCGUGCGGUGGAUUACCCGACUGGCCUCGGCUUUUCCGCCGGAGCACGUCGGGCAAGACCGCAUCGUCGCCUUCCUCGAAGCCCUGAGAACGCUCCCCCGCCACGGGAUUCACAUUAUCAAUCCAUCGCGAGAGAAUGACGAGGAGGAUAACUUUUACACCACGCUGAAAGUGUGGCCCCUGGACGGAAACUUCCUGGCAUUGUCGUCGGAGGUUCGCUACGAAGGAGAGGCGUUUAGCUACCGCCACUACCCGGCAAUCCAGCCCCCUCCGACCGAUCGGGACCUUCGCUGGCGGAACUACCAGGCGGCGAUCGCGCGAUUCACCGCUCGAAAUCUGAUUGAUUGCACGCAUCUCUGCGCGCUGGAAGGGAUUCUACCGGACGAUGGCUGGUACCCGAACUUGGACGAUCCCACGCAUCGAGACUCGGGGUACAGAUGGCUCGCCGGCUGGGUGAUCGCCGGGGCUCAGUGGCUGCUGCGACCCGAGGUGCGGAGCCAUGUGUAUCAGCAGUGCUUGAAUCAGGAGAACGUUGGGAGGCGGGAGGACAUGUGGAGCAGGGAACGAUGGCAGCAGUGGAAGGACCAGUUCGCACGCCUCGCCAUCGAGGAGAGGCUUGGGCCGCAUGCUCGGGAGCUCGCGGGUUUGGUUCGUCAAAGGAUGGUUGCACACGAAGAGGAGGUUGUUUUGUUUCCCGUGACAGGCAGUCUGUAAUGCUUGCUCUUGGGUUUCAUACUCUGGCAUAUAACACUUGAAAUUUACAACAGGUCCUGCGCCGUCAAUUCGUUUGUGACCUGUUGUAACCUUGAAUCAACAGUCUCCUUAUAUAUAUCAAGUUUCAC